AUGAUCGGCGAUCUUUUCGAGACUGCAAUGUCAACAUUGGAGUACGAAACUUCUCCAAUCAGAAGCAGGCUCUCAAGUAUAGCUGGAUCUAUCGCGUUGGCCUGUUGGCUUGUGUUGAUAAUUCCUCAACUUAUCGAAAUGUUUCGCGUUAGAGAUGUGGAGGGAAUAUCACCAUUAUUUCUUCUUUCGUGGGCAAUCGGUGACAUUGCUAAUGUUACAGGCGCCUUGUGGGCGGGUUUGCUUCCUGAGGUCAUAAUAACUGCACUGUGGUUUUUGUUUGCCGACAUAGCUACUUUGGGAUGUUAUUUCUACUUGCUUCUCACAUAUCGGCGGAGUAAAAAACACGCUGUUGAUGCUAUAGAAGCGGCAGAAGCGGGCGAAAGGCAGCCUUUAGUUGCAGAUUUAGGUGCAGACGAAGCUGUGGAACCCUCAACAGAUGAUAAUUAUGUUGAGGAGGCGCAAAAUGAGUCAUUGCAUGCCCAGCAAAGCCGGAAAAGCGUCCGGAGUAAGGCUUCACUUAGAAGAAGAUACUCAUCCACUGUCGAUGAUAUCGUGAUGGAGCCAGAGAGGCACUCUUUGUUUGUGAGGUACGGACUGCCAAUUUUGUUUGUUGUUUGUGCCGGAACUGUGGGUUCAUUCUGUUCUCCAAAUGGUGGUGGACAAAGUUCAAAAAAGCCAAGUAACGACAGCUCGAUCGGGCCUCAGAUCUGCGGCUAUAUCUCAGCAUUCAUGUAUUUGACAUCAAGAAUUCCACAGAUCAUCAAAAACUACCAGAAUAAGUCGUGCAAGGGGUUGAGUCUCUUAUUCUUCCUGCUCUCUACACUUGCAAAUUUGUGCUAUGGCUUGCAAAUCUUGAUCUACAGAAGUGACUGGGAGUACAUAUGGCUUAAUUCGAGUUGGAUUCUUGGAUCCGUCGGCACGAUAUUCGAGGAUUGCAUUAUCUACUUGCAGUUUUAUCUUUACAACAGGGAUGUGGAUGAGACUGCUGUAUUGUGA